AUGACAACCCCUAAUCGAGAGAAACUCUACACCCAGUCCAAAGGUUAUGGUUUCUCGCCUGCCCUCGAGCGUACUCGCAAACCAUUCCAGGUGCGCAAUGUCCUUACUCUUGUUGGUCUCUUGACUUUUACCGGGAGUGUCUACGCCUACUCUAUGAUGGCCGUAAAGCAAGAUGAUUUUAGCGAUGUUCCACUUCCUUCUACUCUUCCCGGAGUCAAGGAUGUUACCAAUGAGCAUAAGAAUACCGAGAAGUAACACAUAAAGAAAGAAGAAACAUCCAGAAAUCACAUCCUUCUAUCCCUUUUGUUUAUAAGAAAAAUAAAAUAAAAAGUAAAACGUAUAUAUGUAUGUCCUAUAAGAAAUGUACAUAUAAUGAAACU